AUGGCACGGGCUAGGAUGUCUGGGCUGCUGCUCACGCUCACGCUCUCAGUCGCUUUGCUAGCUUCCUGCCCGCAUUAUGCGGCGGCGCAAGAAACGCCAUCACCUGCGUUCAAGUUUAGCAAUUACAUGCUCAAGAACUGCCGUGCUCAAACCGACGCGUCGACCAACGGCGUGCGAUCCGCCGACUUCGGCGACGGAUUCGCAUUCGGCGUGACGACGAGCGCGACGCAGGUGGAGGGAAGCACGAGCAAGGACGGCCGUGGGCCGAGCAUAUGGGACGCGUACUCGAUGCUGACCGGCGCCAUCGCCGAUGGAUCCAAACCCGCCGAGGCGACUCAGAGCUACGACCGUUACAAGACUGACGUGAAGUUUCUCAAGGAGAUGGGGGUGAAGAACUACCGCUUCUCCAUCUCGUGGCCACGAGUUGUGCCAGGGGGUGUGGGUGCGUUGAACGCCGAGGGUAUACGCUUUUACAAUGACUUCAUUAACGAGUUGAAGGAUAACGGCAUCGAGCCCGUGGUUACACUGUACCACUGGGAUCUGCCGUUCCCUCUUGAACGCGACCAGGGGGGCUGGCUCAACGACACCAUUGUGCGAAGUUACGCCAACUACGCAGAAACGUGCUUCCGCAAAUUCGGGGACAGAGUGAAGACAUGGAUCACAUUCGCCGAGCCGCAGCAGAUCGCUGUGCAAGGCUACGGCACAGGAGGCAUGGCCCCGGGCCGCUGUUCGGACCGCACAAUUUGCACCGCGGGAAAUUCGUCCUCUGAGCCUUACAUCGUCGCGCACAACAUUCUGAAGGCGCAUUCGUUGACGGUCCAGAUUUACCGUCAGAAGUACAAGAAGCAGCAGGGCGGUCGGAUCGGCAUCGCGCUGGAUUGCGUGUACCACUACGCGGCUGACGAAACGCGCGCGAGCAAAAAUGCGGCGCAGCGGGGGAUGGAAUUCGCGUACGGGUGGUUCGCGGACCCGAUCCGUUACGGAAGUUACCCGCGCUCCAUGCGUUAUUUCGUCGGCAAUCGCAUGCCGAAAUUCAACCGGAAGGAAUCGCGACGCAUGAGAGGCGCCACGGAUUUUCUCGGGUUGGAUUUUUACUCGGCCGUUUACGCGUGGCCGGGAAGCAGCGCGGGAGCUGGAAUCCCGUGGACCGACGCGCGCGUCUCAACUUCACCCCGUAACCCCCGAACCGGCAAGUUUGUCGGCGAGCCGACCUCCUCGAAGUGGCUCUACGUGGCUCCCGAGUCCAUGAAGAACAUGCUGCUGUGGAUAAAGAACCGUUACGGCAAAGAUGCAGCUGUAAUCGUUACCGAGAAUGGUGUUAGCGAGUACAACGUGCAGGGGAUCACGAUGGACAAGGCGCUGUGCGACGUGCAGAGGGUUAACUUCCACAAGAGCUACCUACAAAAUGUUCUGGACGCCAAGAAGAGGUGUGGUUGUUACUCUCCCUCCCCCCUGUCACUCUCCCUCCCCCCUGUCACUCUCCCUCCCCCUGUCACUCUCCCUCCCCCUGUCACUCUCCCUCCCCCUGUCACUCUCCCUCCCCCUGUCACUCUCCCUCCCCCUGUCACUCUCCCUCCCCCUGUCACUCUCCAUCCCCAUGUCACUCUCCAUCCCCCUGUCACUCUCCCUCCCCCUGUCACUCUCCCUCCCCCUGUCACUCUCCCUCCCCCUGUCACUCUCCCUCCCCCUGUCACUCUCCUUCCCCCGGUCACUCUCCCUCCCCCGGUCACUCUCCCUCCCCCUCCCCUCUGUCACUCUCCCUCCCCUCUGUCACUCUCCCUCCCCUCUGUCACUCUCCCUCCCCUCUGUCACUCUCCCUCCCCUCUGUCACUCUCCCUCCCCUCUGUCACUCUCCCUCCCCUCUGUCACUCUCCCUCCCCUCUGUCACUCUCCCUCCCCUCUGUCACUCUCCCUCCCCUCUGUCACUCUCCCUCCCCUCUGUCACUCUCCCUCCCCUCUGUCACUCUCCCUCCCCCCUGUCACUCUCCCUUCCUCCUGCCACACCUUCCCUGUCCCUUCCUGCCACUCCCUGCAACCCACUCUCCAUAUCCUUUCCAACCCUGUAUUUAUCAUUUGCAGCUCCAAAGUUAA